CCCAAGGAGGCCAGGCCCCUGAAAUAACUUACCUGGCCUCACUUUCCACUUCAACUGAUUAUGAUCAUUUUGCUUGAUUAAAAGCACUCAUAAUAGUAACUGACCAUCAGCUAUUAAGCAAAUGCUUCAUUAAGCUGAGACUAGUUAUUAAUCUAACACUUGAGACUUAGGAAGAAAAGAAGUGGAAAUUUAAUAUCAAGCUACAGAGGAAGAAAAAGUGUGAUUAGAGUCAAUUCUCUCUUCUGCCAGACAGGAGACCUGAUGAAUGAACCUGUCCCUCCAAACAAAGUCCUUGAAGCAUCAGUGAACGGAGAGAGCACGGCAAGAUAGUGUGCACCAGGGCCUUGGGGGUUGUCUAGUAACUUUGUCGUUGGAGGGGGAGGGACUAGCCCAGGGCACGGGGGAGGUCUGCACUGGGACUGCUGCCUUCAGAGAGCUGGAGCGGCAGGAGGCUGAGGACUGACGAAGAGAGAGGGAGGGAUCCUCAAUGAGCUGCAGGAUUCCAAAGAUGGCAAGGUGCCAGCCUUGACUGCCAGCGAUGGGCAGAAUUGUGCUGGCCCUCUGACUCCACAGCUCCUUCUUCCCCGGCACAUGAGAAUUUGAGCUGCAGAACCGGCAUGCCCUGGUAAGCACAAGUCUGGACAGUUCAAGCCAUGGAAUCAUCUUUCUCCUUCGGAGUGGUCCUUGCUGUCCUGGCCUCCCUCAUCAUUGCUGCAAAUGCACUAGUGGCCGUGGUUAUGAUGUUGCUGAUUCACAAAAACGAUGGUGUGGGUCUCUGCUUCACCUUGAAUCUGGCUGUGGCUGACACCUUGAUUGGCGUGGCUAUCUCUGGCUUAGUCACAGACCAGAUUUCCAGCCCUGCUCGGUCCACGCAGAAGACCCUGUGCAGCCUUCGGAUGGCAUUUGUCACUUCCUCCUCAGCGGCCUCUGUCCUCACGGUCAUGCUGAUCGCCUUUGACAGGUACCUUGCCAUCAAGCAGCCCCUCCGCUACUUCCAGAUCAUGAGUGGGCUCAUGGCUGGGGCCUGCAUUGCUGGGCUGUGGUUGGUGUCUUACUUCAUUGGCUUCCUCCCACUCGGAGUCCCUGUAUUCCAGCAGACCACCUACCAGGGGCCCUGCAGCUUCUUUGCUGUGUUUCACCCUCGCUUCGUGCUGACCCUCUUCUGUGUUGGCUUCUUCCCAGCCCUGCUCCUCUUCGUCUUCUUCUACUGCAACAUGCUCAAGAUUGCCUCCGUGCACAGCCAGCAGAUCCGAAAGAUGGAGCAUGCGGGGGCCGUGGCUAGAGCUUACCGGCCCCCACGGACUCCCAACGACUUCAAGGCCAUCCGCACUGUGGCUGUUCUAAUUGGGAGCUUCACUCUGUCCUGGGCCCCCUUCUUUAUCACCGGCAUUGUGCAGGUGGCCUGCCAGGGCUGCCACCUCUACCUAGUGCUGGAACGGUACCUGUGGCUCCUCGGUGUGGGCAACUCCCUGCUCAACCCACUCAUCUAUGCCUACUGGCAGAAGGAGGUGAGGCAGCAGCUCUACCAGAUGGCCCUGGGAGUGAAGAAGGGACUCACCUCACUCCUCCUCCUUCUCUCUGCCAGGAAUGGUGGCCCUGAGGGGCCUAGGGAAAGUUCCUGUCACAUCGUCACUAUCUCCCACCCACAGCUUGAUGCCUAA